UGGGAAGUGAAUGCGACGUGGUUCAAGGCCCUCAUCCCUCUUCUUCCCGGCAAUAAUCGCUUAAAGAUCAACCAUCGAUGGGCAGACAAUUCGCCCUCCGGCAUCAGCCACGAGGUCGAUCUGACCUACAUGCCCAAGCUCGAUCGGCCACCUCUCCACCUUGUCAUUCUUGCUGCUCGUGACUCGCCUGUAUGGAGCGAGAGCCGAAAGUCAGGCGAAUCUUCAGCAACGGAUAUCAAUAUGGGUACUGCCACUGUUCCCGGUGCACACAAUCCUGCACCGACUAUCCCGCCUUCACAUACCGGGUCGCAACGUUCGUCCGGCUUCGGCGGCUUCCUCAAUAAGGUCAAGGCGGUCAAAGACGACCUCGCAGGUGGCGCAUUCAAGCCCACGCCUACCUCAAGCUCUUCUGCAUCAUCAUCAAGGCCAGAUCAGCCAGCGCUGAUCGAUACGCCCCCCGGCUGGCGGCGCGACCGCCUCCUCAACGGUGGGCUCCGCGAAGUCAAGCGUCGCCUCGCCCUUCAAGCCCUGAUGUGGCAAGCUUUCCACGCCGACCAGAUGUAUCGCCAAGGAUUCGGGCAUCGUGCCUUCAGCCUCCAAGAGCAAAGCAAUGCCUUGCACACGGAGACUAGCUCGGAGCAUAUCGAUCUGCCCUCCAUUCCCGUCGUUCACCUGCUCCGCUCCGAGCAUACGCUUGCUGAGUUCCGAGCAGCCGACAACGCCCAGCAACACAAAGGUGCAAAGAAUGGCGGUGCAAUGCACUCUUUCGCAGGCGAGGCGCUCCACAAGGCUGAUUUCUGGCGCAAAGGUCCUCCAGGAGCGGCGUGCGGUGUCUUGAUCCUGGACUCAACGUGGGAUCCCUCCCACCAGCUACUGCGCGCACACGCCGCCGUCGGAUCUCAUGGCGGUCUCCGUCAAGACUCGCUGAGCCAUGGUGUCAUGGGCUCGCAUUGGCUUUGGGCUGCCCCCUCUACCCUGGGCGAGGUCACCCCCGCCUUCCUGGACGAGGAGGCGACGGACGCGAGGUACUGCUGCAACGACCUAGGUGAGGGACGGACCGUCGCCCUCACCAUCAAUAUUGGCAGUGGAGCUAUGCUGCAUGAAGUCGGUCACGCGCUCGAUAAUCCGCAUUGGCCUAGCGGAAUCAUGGCAAGAGGCUACAUGGAGUGGAAUAGGGCGUUCAUGACCAGGGAGACGCAUUCAAUACGAGGGGGUAAUCGUACGAUGAAGCCGAUCACGCCGGAUGACGACUCGCGAGAGAAUCACCUGCAUCGCUGUCAAGCUAUACGGGCGAGGUUGCACCCAGCUUUCGCGCUCGAUGGGGAUGCACAGCCGGCAGGUCGUGCCUCCUUCCCCAGCUGGAAGGAUUGGGCAGACGUGGAGCCCAUGUUCCUCCCCAUGCGCAACGGGAUACGCUGUAACUCUCAAGCAGGCAUCGCCAUGAUAGUCAUCGAGACCGGCGAGAAAGGCAAGGAAAAGAAGUAUAAGACCCACCUCGAGAUGGGCUUGGACCCCUCUGCUGGCCCUCCGCCCACGUCAUAUCUUCUCACACCGCAGUACCUCUCCUCCCUGGUAGGGUUCGACGUCCUUCACCCCUCGUCACUCGAAGUAGCACUGAGCUGCACGGCCUGGAACUUGAGGCAUGGAGAGUGCAACUCGUAUAGACGUAUGGGCCUCGCAAAGCCGCUAACUUCCCUUCCUGGCGUGAACUUAAUGAGAUUCGGGAGAGAGGUACGCAAUGGGCCACGCACGAAAGUGGAUGACGACCCGUCUCAUCACCACGAAGCUAUCCUGCUCAACAGCGCUUGGGCUGGCGGGCCGCCGCUGGUUGAGGUGGAGCUGUUCUCCCACCAGGCCUUUGUAGGGCUGCGCUUCAAGUACGCAGACGGGUCUGCGCAGUCUGUUGGAAAGGUCGGUAAUGAUAGGCCGAAGACAUCGGUGCGGCUGAAUCAGGGCGAGGACUUAUUGUCUGUAGAGGUUAGGUCAGGCUGGUGGAUUGACGCUGCCAGCGUACGGGUGGGCAGGGGUUCGCAAGGUAGAGAUACUCCCUUCGUUGGUGGGCAUGGUGGAGGUCGGCGAUCACUGAGGCCCGCGAGUGAGGAAGAGGAGAUAGUAGGCUUUGUCGCCUCCUCGGGCAGCUGGAUGGACUCUCUUGGG